ACUUGAUCUCUCCACUGUUUGUAUUAAGGUCCCCCGAAUUAUUCUGUGGUUGAUGGUGGAGGCGGCCAUUAUAGGCUCUGAUAUGCAAGAAGUCAUAGGGUCAGCUAUUGCGAUCAGUCUCCUGUCUGCUGGGAGAGUUCCUCUGUGGACUGGAGUUCUCAUCACCAUUGCAGAUACCUUUGUAUUUCUCUUUCUGGACAAAUAUGGUUUGCGAAAACUGGAAGCAUUCUUUGGCUUACUCAUCACCAUCAUGGCCAUUACAUUUGGAUAUGAAUAUGUUACAGUGAAGCCCAACCAGGUUGAAGUGCUGAAGGGCAUGUUCAUUCCUUCUUGUUCGGGCUGUGGCACCCGGCAGAUUGAGCAGGCCGUGGGCAUUGUGGGAGCUGUCAUUAUGCCCCACAACAUGUACCUGCACUCCGCACUAGUCAAGUCCAGGCAGGUGAACAGGGCCAACAAACGGGAGAUCCGGGAAGCCAACAAGUACUUCUUCAUUGAGUCCUGCAUUGCCCUCUUUGUCUCCUUUAUCAUCAACGUCUUUGUCGUCUCGGUCUUUGCCGAGGCCUUUUUUAAUCAAACCAACAUGCAAGUGCGUGAAAUCUGCCUCAAUAGCAGCAGUCCUCACAGUGACCUGUUUCCUGAAAGUAAUACCACGCUGUCUGUGGACAUCUACAAAGGGGGUGUGGUUCUAGGAUGUUACUUUGGGACUGCAGCACUCUACAUCUGGGCAGUGGGCAUCUUGGCUGCAGGCCAGAGCUCUACCAUGACCGGGACCUAUUCUGGCCAGUUUGUCAUGGAGGGAUUCCUGAACCUGAAAUGGUCACGGUUUGCUAGAGUGAUCUUGACACGUUCUAUUGCCAUCAUUCCCACGCUAUUGGUUGCAGUCUUCCUUGACGUGGGGCAUCUGACUGGAAUGAAUGACUUCCUGAAUGUACUGCAGAGCUUACAGCUUCCCUUUGCUCUCAUCCCCGUCCUCACGUUUACCAGUUUGCGCCCAGUGAUGAAUGACUUUGCCAAUGGACUGGGCUGGAAGAUCGCAGGUGGCAUCCUUGUUCUUAUUAUCUGUGCCAUCAACAUGUAUUUUGUGGUUGUCUAUGUUGAAGACCUGGGGAACAUGACAGUGUAUGUGGUGGCUGCUGUACUCUCUGUGGCCUAUCUCUGCUUUGUGUGUUAUCUGAGUUGGCAGUGUUUGAUUGCUUUGGGUUUGUCCUUUAUGGACUGUGGAAAGAGGUUAAGCAUCUCUAAAACCCUGCUGACUGAAGAAGCCGCUGCUGGGUACAUUCGCUAAGCACUGGGUUAGCCUGUUUGGCUUUCGCAGGUAGCCAUCAGAGCCAGUGCGUUUCUAUGGUUUACUGUGUGAACUUAGCCACAUGUAUGUGCCAUUGCACAAACUCUUAUAAAAGCUUAAGAUGUUCAAUGGGUGGAACACUCAACUUUUCAAUUAAGGAGAAAAACUCAUUCCCAGACUAUAAAUAGUUAAGUUAAAUUUUCCAGAACUAGGAUAUAAAUUACAUGUUAAGUCAUGUGCAUUUAGGGAUGAACAAUUGUAAUUCAUGUAGUUGAACCAUGCGUAUAAGCUUUUUGAAGAGCAAAACUGUUUGAUUUUGGUCUUUGUGCCGCCAACACCUUAUAAGGUAGUAAAUUUAAGUACAUACUUAAAUACUUUUGUGUUUGAUGUUGCUCCUCUAGCUCUGGGAUCUGUGAUGAGGGUGACUGCCUGAGGUGCCCCUGUGAUUUGUAGGAUUUCUUGUGAGUUCUUGAGGGGGGGGGGGUCCCUGGCAUUCAGGAGUUUUUCUUUGUGAAACUUGGGUUUUAUUGACCAUGAAA